AGGAAGGAAGGAAGGAAGGAAGGAAGGAAAGGGAAGAGAGGAAGGAGAGAGGGAAGGGAACAGGAAGCUGAAAGGAAGGGAAACGAGGAGGAGGAAGGAAGGAAGGAGAGGGGAGGGAGGGAGGGGGGGAGGAAGGACGUGCUCGGAAUGCAGAGAGAGCGUCGGGGCAACGGCUCCCCGCCCGGGUCUCUGCUCGGAAGCCUCCCCGCAUCCCUCUCUCUCUCUCUCCUUCCUUCCUGGCUGCCUCGGGGGCGCGCCCGUGCCUGCCUUCCUCGUGCGCGCGCAGGGGCGGAGGAGGAGGAUGGGGCUGGUGGGGGGCGCGCUGUGGCUCGUGGCCGCCCUCCAGCUCCUCCCGCCCGAGGCCUGCCGGGCCAAGUACGUCAAGGGCAGGAUCCGCACCAAGGAGGACUGGGUCUUCCUCACGCGCUUCUGCUUCCUCUCCGACUAUGGACGCCUCGACUUCCAGUUCCGAUACCCGGAGGCGAAAUGCUGCCAGAACAUCCUCCUCUAUUUUGACGACCCUUCGCAAUGGCCGGCCGUCUACAAGAAGGGCAAUAAGGAUUGUCUGAUGAAGGAGUCGGUCAUCCGUCCGGAAAACAACCAAGUCAUCAACCUCACCACCCAGUACGCCUGGUCCGGGUGCAAACUUUUGAUGGAAAACUCGGAGCGAUACCUGAGCUGUGCCAGCGGCCGAAGUUUCCGCUCCGUCCGCGAACGGUGGUGGUACGUGGCUCUCAGCAAGUGCGGGGGCGAUGGGCUGGAGCUGGAUUACGAGAUGAUCCUGACCAACGGGAAAUCCUUCUGGACCCGGCACUUCUCCGCGGAUGAGUUCGGGAUCCUGGAGACGGACAUCACCUUCCUGCUCAUCUUCAUCCUGAUCCUCGUCAUUUCCUGCUACUUUGGCUAUCUGUUGAAAGGGAGGCAGCUGCUGCACACGACGUACAAGAUGUUCAUGAUGGCGGCCGGAGUGGAAGUUCUCAGCCUGAUGUUCUUCUGCAUCUACUGGGGACAAUACGCCAGCGACGGGGUCGGGAACGGAAGCCUCAAGAUCCUGG